CCACUGCUCGGCCCCCACAACGUUUGGUCUUGGAGUAGAAGCAGCAGCAGCCGUGUGUGUGCGCGCGUGUGCUGAAAAUAGGUUCACUAUAGGAGGAGGAACACUAUAGGAGGAAACUUUCACCACAACUUUUCGGCUGAUAAAACUGUACUAGAAUUGCGCAAAGACUCGAUUUUGCGCGCCGCAGAGGAGACUUUCUCCAAAAGAAGACACGCUUUUCCCUUCUUUUCUGAGAUGGAUGUAACUUUCUCUUUGUGCUUCAACUGAUGAGCUUUUGGAUUUCUUAAAACUCGGCUAAAAUAAUUGCAUGGCAAAACCCAGAGAGGAGCAGAUGAAGGUUUAAACUGAAGAAGCAGACAUGAAGACAGCUGCCAAGGGUUCGGUGAAGUCUAUAAUGGAUUCUUUGCACUGUGAGGGUCGGCGGAGCACAAGGAUACUGUUAAUGGUCUAUGUGGCCUUGGAGCUUCUAACAGUUCAUCCAUCUUUUGUCCUUGGUACCCUUGAGCUACAGCUUGAUGAGGAGCAACCAGCGGGCACGGUUGUGGGUGACAUCAGUGCAGGACUUCCUCCUGGUGUCACUUCCUCCUUAUACUUCAUUUCAGACCAUGAAGGCACAGGAGUGAGCAGUGAUCUGGACAUUGAUGAGAGCACCGGCAUAAUUAGAACAGCCAAAGUUCUGGACAGAGAACUGAGAGAUAGAUAUAACUUUAUUGCAGUCACCAUGACAGGCGUGACAGUAGAAGUGACCAUUAAAGUGAACGAUAUAAAUGACCACGCACCCAAGUUUCCUAGGAAGAGAGCCACAUUUAAAAUUCCAGAGCAGACAGCAAUUGGCACUAAAUUUCCUCUUGAGCCAGCCGUUGAUAGUGAUAAAGGCCAGCUUACGACACAAGGUUACCUUAUCAAGGACGGAAAUGUUGGCCAAGCAUUCAGUUUAGAGACAAGAAGGGGAAGCAGCGAGGUUCUCUUUCUGGACUUGGUGGUCAAUGCUAUUCUAGAUCGAGAGAAACGAUCCACCUACACCUUGUCCUUAGAGGCUUUUGAUGGAGGUUCACCUAAAAGAACGGAUCAGAUGACAUUAGACAUUACUGUACAAGACAUUAAUGACAACGCUCCUGUAUUUAACCAGAGCCGCUAUCAUGCUAUCAUAUCUGAGAACCUCCAACCAGGAAGCAACAUUCUCCAGGUGUUUGCCACAGAUGCUGAUGAAGGAGACAAUGGAAUGGUGUUUUAUCAAAUCAACAGAAGACAGAGUGACCCAGAUUGUUACUUUGUCGUAGAUUCUCGAUCUGGAAUCAUCACUCUGAACAAGCCUCUGGACUUUGAAAAGAGGAGAGUCCAUGAGCUCGUGGUUCAGGCACAAGACAAUGCAACCCACCCAGAGGUGACCAACGCCUUUGCCACCAUACAUGUCAGAGAUUACAACGACAAUCAGCCCACAAUGACCAUCAUAUUUCUGAGUGAGGAUGGAUCUCCCAGAAUCUCUGAAGGUGCACAACCAGGCCAGUAUGUGGCUCGGAUCUCAGUCACUGACCCAGACUACGGAGAGUAUGCCAAUGUCAAUGUGUCAUUGGAGGGAGGGGACGGAAAGUUUGCUCUCACAACAAAAGACAGCAUCAUAUAUCUUGUCUGUGUGGACCAGAUUCUGGAUCGAGAGGAGAGAGACACAUAUGAGUUGAGGGUGAUGGCGACAGACUCUGGAACACCUCCGCUCAGGGCUGAGUCCUCCUUCAUCAUCCAAGUGACUGACAUCAAUGAUAACUCUCCUCUUUUUGACCAGACUGUGUACAGACAGGUCAUCCCUGAAGUGGUUUUCCCAGGCAGCUUUGUGCUGCAGGUAACAGCUAGAGAUAAAGACCAGGGGCCAAAUGGAGACAUCAUCUACAGCAUCCUUCAAAACCAAAGUUCUCAUCACAGCUGGUUCAGUAUAGACUCUAUCACAGGCAUCAUCACCACUCUAUCCCAGCUGGAUUAUGAAAAGACUCCUAGUCCAAGUAUAACUGUAGUGGCUACAGAUGGAGGGAAACCACCACUAUCUUCUACUGCCGUGGUAAACAUCUUACUUCAGGAUGUAAACGACAAUGAGCCCGUUUUUGAGAGAAACUUCUACAAUGUGUCCAUCAAGGAGAACAUAGCUCCAGGGACCUGCAUCAUUGAGGUGACUGCGACAGAUGCUGAUGGUGGCUCUUUUGGCUUUGUCACCUACUCACUUGGCUCUGCAAGUAGCAGCACGGUUCUCUCUCAGUUUACCAUCGGCAAAGAGACCGGCCAGAUCUGCACUAGUGCUGCACUAGACAGGGAUCAAGGGCCGGACAGUCUUGACUUCACUGUUACUGCAGUUGACGGGGGCGGACUGAGCUCGGUAGCCUACGUAAAGGUAGAUCUGGUUGACAUGAAUGACAACAGACCCACUUUCUACCCACUCAGCUAUGCCGUUAGUUUGAGCACACAGAGUGCCCCUGGGACGUCUGUUGUCAGAGUGACGGCUCAUGACCCAGACUCGGGCGAGAAUGGCAGAAUCACAUACAAAACAGUACCUGGAGGAGCAUCCCCAUACUUCACCCUCAACAGAGACACAGGUGUUAUUUCUUUGUCUCGGUCUGUUUAUGGGAAGGCCAACUCCGUCAUCAGUAUGAUCAUUUCUGCUCAAGAUGGUGGUGGUCUGCUUGCCUUAAACAAUGCUAAAGUUAACAUUAGUGUUGUGGCAGGGCUGGUGGCACCACCUAUAUUUGAACAGACUCAAUAUUACUUUACUGUAUCAGAAGAUGCCCUGCGGGGGACAGUUGUAGGCAUCGUCCAGGCCAACAGUAAGACUGGCAUCUCCAAGGGUAUCUCCUACACCAUCAGCUCUGGGGACCCCAGUGGCUACUUUACUGUAGAUCCUGAUACGGGAGCCCUAAGGACCAGUCUGCCCCUAGACCAUGAAACCCUGUCAGCUCUUGACUUGGAGGUGCAGGCCCACAGUGGCAACCCCCCAGCGUUUGGCCAAACCCGUGUUCGUGUCACUAUUGCAGACAUCAAUGAUAAUCCUCCCAUUUUUCUACCAACUUCCUCUGAGUCCCUGCUUCUGGCAGAAAACACAGAAAUGGGCACAUUGGUAUAUCGAAUCCAAGCUGAGGACAGAGACUCGGGAGUCAAUGGUCAGCUUAGCUUUGAUCUCUCCACUCCUAGUGGAAUCCAGAGGAUCUUCAGCAUUGAACGCAGCACUGGAGAUAUCCGAUUGGUCGGGAGCCUCUGCUAUGAAACGACUCCUCGUUAUGACCUCCUGGUGAUUGCCAAAGAUAAUGGAGUGCCCCAGCUUAGCGCCACCUUUAUGCUUGUGGUUCACAUCCAGGCAGAGCAUGAACAGGGACCUGUGUUUGAUACUCUCACCUACCGUGUGGAACUAAAAGAAGGAACACCAAUAAACACACGCUUCCUACAAGUCAGAGCUUUGAACAGAGAGAUUCCAGGCUCCAGUCAACUUCCUCCCCUGAUGUACCACCUCCGAUCUGAUGGAGAUGCUUCAGGAUUUGGCAUUGCUGCUGACAGUGGCUGGCUGUUUGUGAAGAGUGCCCUUGACAGGGAACUGAAGGACAUGUAUCUUGUGACAGUUCUGGCCAGUGCUGGUCAUGGCCAGUUAAAGAAGACAGGUAGUGCUACAGUGAGGAUAUCAGUGACUGAUGAGAAUGAUAACGCUCCUCGGCUCACACAGGAGAGGGUUUUUAUGGCUGUGAGGGAAAAUCUAUCUGCAGGAACAGGUUUUGGACAUGUGUUAGCUACUGACAAAGAUGCUGGCUCUAAUGGACGCCUCAACUAUCGCUUCCUGCAUCCGGAUCGACACUUCCAGAUAAACUCCCAAACAGGUGAAGUCAGUACGAGGACGAUGCUUGACAGAGAGCAGCAGUCUAGCCACCAGCUGGUGGUGGUGGUGCAAGAUGGAGGUUCACCUCCUCGUUCUGCGACAGGCACAGUUUUUAUUACUAUCCUCGAUGACAAUGACAAUGACCCUUCAUUCAUCUACAGUCAGUCAGGCAAAACCAUCGUAAUGCAGGUGACAGAAGGUCAGUCUGCUGGAGUUUUGCUUGGCACUUUGCAAGCUAAAGACCCCGAUGAAGGGGAGAACGGUACAAUAUUCUACUCUUUGUCAGGUCCCAGAGCUGAGCGUUUCACUUUAAACGCAAUCACAGGAGAGCUGCAUUCAUCAUCCCCUCUGAUUCACUCCGAUCGAGCUGAAUACUCUCUGACGGUGACAGCCACUGACAGAGGACUGCCCCCUCGCAGUGCCUCCUGCUCCCUCACCAUUCAGGUCGUCAGUAUUAACAGAGCUACCUCUAAGACAAAUUCUCACUCCAUGCAUUUCAACUCUGUGGAAGAGACGAGUCCUGGUUCUGUUAUUGGCUCUGUGCGCCUUCAUGACAAAGGGAAGUCAGAGGAAGGCAAGGUGACCUACACAGUAGUCGGGGGUACAGAUCAAGAUGGGACAUUUGUUGUGGAACGUCAAACUGGUGAUGUGUACCUGGCUCAUCCUCUUGACUAUGAGCGAGAGUCCAAGUACAAUUUGAAAAUUGAGGUGGACGACUUUUCUCAGGUCCCUCCCAGCAGCACACUUGUCAACUUGGACAUUGGGAUUGAAGACAGCAAUGACCACACCCCUGAGUUUGCUGAGGACCCCAUCACCAUUGUCAUCUCUGAAAACAUGGAGGUUGGCUCCUCUGUCUAUACGUUCCAGGCUACAGAUAAGGAUGGCAGUGGUCCCAACAGUGAGCUGGUGUAUUCCAUCCUCCACCAGUGGCCAAACACUCCUGGCUUAUUAACUCUUGACCCCAUCACUGGUGUUCUCUCCUUGGGUCGCAAAUUAGACCAUGAGGUGACUUCCUCAUUGAUCCUGGUUGUAAAAGCAACUGAUUCUGCCCUCAACACUAGCCAGAGGCACUGGAGUUCUGUCACAGCGAGGAUGUAUAUUACUGAUGAAAACGACAAUCCACCUGUGUUCAUAUCACCGAUUGCUGUCAGUGUCAUGGAGGACCAACCGCUGGGCUUUGUGGUACUUUACGUCAUGGCCAGAGACACAGAUCAAGGGGAGAAUGGAAGAGUGACCUAUAAAAUCCACUCAGGCAACACUGGAGGGACAUUCAGCCUUAACCCUAACUCAGGCUCUCUGUCUAUUUUCAAACCACUGGACCGUGAGGAGCAGGAUAUUUUUAACCUCACUAUAAUCGGAGAGGAUCAUGGGAUACCCAAACUCUCAUCCAGGCAGAUGCUGUGUGUCCAUGUGAUAGAUGUCAAUGAUGAGGUUCCCUGGUUUGAGGAGAGCCUGUAUGAAGCUCAUAUCUCUGAGAAUCAACCUGCAGGGACAACUGUAAUAACAGUCUCGGCCUCUGAUCUGGACCAAGGAACCAAUGGACAUGUGACCUAUGGCGGUGUCUCCCAGGAAGGUUUUAGCAUCAACCCAGUCACAGGUGUCAUAACCACCACAAAGUCCCUGGACAGGGAAUCUCAUGAGUUGUAUGUUGUGACAGUGUAUGCAAAAGACGGAGGCCUUCCACCCAACUUUGCCAAAGGAACAGUGAAGAUUAAGGUUCUUGAUGUUAAUGACAAUGCUCCUGUCUUUGGACGUCUCUACUACAGCAUUGAAGUGCCUGAAAACUUGGAGGCGUUGCCUCUGUUCACCAUUAAAGCCUCUGACCAAGAUGCAGGAAGCAGCGGGGAGAUAAACUACAGAAUUAUCGCUGGAGAUCCAUCUGGAGACUUCCGCCUUGACAGAAAAUCAGGUGUGCUGCAAACUUCAAGGCCUCUGGAUCGAGAAAAGAGACCUGGCUAUACUUUAACUGUAAUAGCCCAGGACCAGGGCCACCCUUCCCUGAUCGGUACUGCCACUGUAGAGGUGACAGUUCUGGACGUCAAUGACCACAGCCCACAGUUCCAGAGCAGCAGCUACACUGCUGACAUUUCAGAAGAUGUUCCCAUUGGCUCAUUGGUCCUAGAGGUGAAGGCCGUUGAUUUGGACUAUGGCCUCAACAGUCAGAUUCUCUACUUCCUGAGCACGGGCUCUCACAGUACGUUCAUCAUCGACCAAAACACGGGACGCAUUAUCACAGCAGCCCCCCUGGACAGAGAAAAAACUGCCUCCUAUACCUUUCAAGUUUGUGCCACUGACUCCUCCCCCACAAAUCCACGGAAUUCAACAGCUCAAGUUACUAUCUACAUUCAAGAUGUGAACGACAAUGCCCCUUUCUUCAUUCAGGACCCACUUAUUCUAAACAUUUCUGUAAGUACUGUGUCCAGCCGCAGAGUACUGGCCACCAUGAGGGCUGAAGACAAGGACUUUGGAGCUAACGGCUCCGUUUUUUAUCGCUUUGCCAACCCCGUUAGAGGCUUUACCAUCAACUCGUUGACAGGAGACAUCCAGGCCACAGAGAAGCUGCAGACACUGACCCAAAGUCAAAGGACUUUGAUAGUUCAGGCUAUGGACCAAGGAAACCCAUCUCAGUCUUCCUUGGGGGUGGUUGUCAUUUACAUCAGGGAACAAAUUUACAGGGGUAUUCGAUUCUCCCGCACAGCUAGAGAUGUUAGUCUGCAAGAAAACGCUGCAAAAGGCACAGUGGUAACGCAAACCCAAGCUCAGUACCCUGAUGGCUCUAAAGCUGGUAUCAGCUACAGCAUUUUCAGUGGAAAUACAUUGCAGUCGUUUGGAAUUAGCCCAAUCACGGGUGAAAUAUGGGUUGAAAGUUCUGAAGGAAUUGACUAUGAGGAGACCCCCAAACUCCGCCUAGUGGUGAAAGCAGAGACAGCAUCCUCCAGCUCCUACAUGGCUGUCAACCUCCUUCUGCAAGACUUAAAUGACAACUUGCCACGCUUCCAGCUCCAGAACUAUGUGGCGUACAUCAGGGAGGCACAAGGCUAUGAUUUUCCCAUUAUCCAGGUUGCUGCUGAUGACUUGGACCAGGGCCAAAAUGGCCAGGUCACCUACUCUAUCAGGUCGUCAUCUAUGAGUGGCUUGUUUAAGAUUGACCCCCUGACGGGCAGCAUCACCACUGCUGCCAUCAUGGACAGAGAGAUCUGGACACAAACAAAGCUUGUUGUUGUGGCAACCGACCGGGGAACCCCACGGCUGGCUGGAUCUGCUACCCUCACUGUGAUCAUUGUUGACCUCAACGACAACAGUCCCAUGAUUCCUCUGCCUCAAGAGAUCCGGGUGCCUGAGGAUACUCUCGUUGGCUCAGUUAUCACCCAGGUAACUGGAAAUGAUGUGGAUUCAGGUCCACCCCUCUCCUACACACUUCACAUGGAUGGUAGCGGCCAGGGCAUGUUUGGGAUUCAUCAUUACGGAGGUGGAGUGUCUUUGACCGGCCCACUGGACUAUGAGGAAAGGACGUGGUACACGCUGACAAUCCGCACAUCAGACUCUAAACAUCAAAGCGAGGCCUACCUUACUGUGCUGGUGGAUGACGUGAAUGAUAACGCCCCUGUUUUUACACACGAUUUAUACCAGGUGACUGUAUCAGAGCAACUUCCAGCAGGCAGUUCAGUCAUCACAGUAACAGCUACUGACCGUGACUCUGGAGAGAACGGAAAGAUUACUUACCAAGUGAUGUCAUCAACUAAAGGUGUUUUCUUCAUUGACCCAAGCAAUGGAACUCUCUUCUUGAGGCAAAAAACAGAGUUGGACUUUGACCACCCCUCCAUACUUGUGGUGAUUGAGGCUCGGGACCAGGGUACCCCAUCUCUUUCAUCCAUCACCACCGUCCAGGUCCAUAUAUCAGAUGUCAAUGAUAACGCGCCCAUCUUCCCCCAGUCGGAGUACAGAGCUACCGUGUCUGAAGAUGGACUCCCUGGAGCAACUGUUCUGACAUUGGAAGCUGUGGAUGGUGACCUGUUUUGGGAAAACAGUGGUUUUGAUUUCACCAUUGCUAGCGGCAACUCUGAUAAUGUCUUCCAGAUCGAGAGCAGUGUGCACUUCUUGGAGGGCCGGGGCUUCCAGACAAUUGGCAGUUUGAUCCUAGCAGAAAAGCUGGACUUUGAAGUAGUACCAACUUAUAACCUGAUCGUUGUGGUAUCAGAUAGAGGUGUCCCUCAGCGCAGCUCCAGUGUGUCUAUCCUUAUUAGUGUAACAGAUGUCAACGACAACCCUCCAGUAUUCAGCCGAACAGAUUACAGCGUUGUCCUGAGUGAGGGUACUGCAGCAGGAACCGAAGUCUUGCAUUUGUCUGCCACAGAUCCCGAUUCGGCCCCCAAUGGAGAAGUCCAGUACUCUGUAAGUUCUGGAGACGAGGCACACCUAUUCCAGGUUGACCAUUGGACUGGAGUUAUGAAGCUGCAGAGACCUCUAGACAGCAAAACAAAGAUGUCUCACGUGAUUGUUAUCCAGGCCACUGAUGGCCAAGGACAUUAUGCUUUAGCCUCAGUCACUGUUGAGGUUAUGGACAUAAACGACAACAGGCCCUUCUUCCCCCUCAAACAAGUGACAGCAAGCAUCAGGGAGAACCAGCCGCAGAAUGCCUUAGUUACCAUUCUGCAUGCCAUUGACCAUGAUAAAGGUGUUUUUGGACAGCUAAAGUAUUACAUGUUAGAAGGCCACAAAGCAGAAAGAGACAACUUCCUCAUCAACCAAACAUCAGGCGAAGUUCGAACUCGCUCUUCGUUUGACUUCGAGAAGAUAAACUCAUUCCAUUUUGUGGCUUUUGCCAUGGAUGCUGGCAAUUAUUCAGCCACUGUAACAUUACAUGUUUAUGUAACAGGGGAGGAUGAAUAUGAUCCUGUUUUCAUCUCCUCAGAGUUUUCAUUUGAAGUGCCUGAGGGAGCAAAGAAAGGUCAAAUCCUAGGAAAAGUACAAGCCAGAGAUGAAGACGAAGGCAUGGAUGGUGUUGUUCUCUACUCAUUAUCAGACCAUUCACCCUAUUUUGAGGUAAAUAAAUCAACCGGAGAGGUUUCAUUAAAAAUGGACAGCAACAGUAGACAUGUGAGUCGAUCUAAAAGAGAGGUCCGUGUCAUUACUCUGGAUGUGACGGCUCAUAGCCCACUGGGGACCUCUCGUGCAUCAGUGGCCAAAGUUACCAUAGAUGUGAGCCAUACAUCUUUUGGCCUCACCACAGACAUGAGCAUGUUGCUUGUCAGUGUCAUUGCAGUUUCACUUGGUAUCAUAGUCAUGCUCAUAAUAAUUGCAAUGGUGCUAUGUUUUGUUAAAUUAAGAAAUCAGAGAGAAAAAGAUACCCAUAAGCGAAACACUAUUUCAGGCACGCUACUGCACACGUUUGAGGAAACAAAGCUGGCAACAAAUGAGAUUAUUUACCAUCAGGCUCUUCCUGGAUAUGCUUCUGAUCCGAGUGGCAACAGUGGAGGUCCGUACACUCGCGGGGGAUCACUUGAUCCAUCCCACUCCAGUGGCCGUGGCUCUGCAGAAGCAGAAGCGGCAGAAGAUGAUGAGAUCAGAAUGAUAAAUGAAUAUCCUCGAGUGUCAAGUAUCUCUUCUUCCAUGCAAGAGCGUAUUUCAGCCCGAGGUCCGGACUCUGGGAUCCAACAGGAUGCGGAUCAACUGUCAGAUGUGUCCGGUGAGCCCUCCUUAGACUGGUUCAAAGGGAAGAAGGGAAGUAGUAUGAAUGGUACUUUGACAGCUGGCCAAGUGCCGGCCUACAGGGACGAACGGGGUGGGUAUGUGGGCGUCGGACGGGCAAUCAGCAUCUCCCAGUCUAAAGACUAUAAUUUUCCAGAGAAUGGGAAGCCCCCCGUGGAUGGCUCCCUUACAGCCAUUGUGGCCAGCGACGAGGAACUUAGGGGCAGCUAUAACUGGGAUUACCUCCUGAACUGGUGUCCUCAGUUCCAACCUUUAGCUAGCGUUUUCACCGAAAUAGCACGUUUAAAAGAUGAAACGGCUCCUCUUCAUUCCCGAAAGUCAUUUCAUCGCAAAGCAAAAGCAGAGUCAAGAAUUGACCCGCCCCCUCUCAUAACCUCUGUGGCCCAUCCUGGGGCAAAAACUGUACUUCCAAAACCUGCAGUAUCGAGGACAUUUUCCAACCUAGCCUCAUUACGAAGAUCUCCUCUCAGCGCUGAGGGAUCCAUCUCCUUAGUCGCAAUGUCUCCAAGCUUCUCCCCAUCUCUUUCGCCACUGGCAGCACGUUCUCCGGCAGUCACACCUUUCAACGUCUCGCAGGGUCCCUCUGCCUCAUCGAUUAGCACAACUGAACACAGUUCUGAACACAGUGAGGAGGCAGAUCUGAGGAUUUAAGCUCUAAUGGGUGGAUAAAAAACUGCUGUCCCAAACCUUGUCUACUGUAUGAACACAAGCUGCAACUUGAAAGUGAAAGUGCUAACUUCUUUUCUCUGUUUCCCGAGAGGACAAGUGCCCAGUGUUAGACUAAAACCAAAUAGCUGAAACUUUGGUGCUUUUUAAAGACUACAUCACUCACAGGCCAAAAAGGACAAUGCCUUUCUGCGUGGGUUAUACCUGUGUGACAGAAGCUACUUCUGUUGGUUUUCGUGUUAUUUUGCACAUUCAAAUGGAAAUGCAUACAUGAUGUCAAUAUUUUGUACAAAGUCAUUGUCUAUAUUUUUAUACUUCCAUCCAAUUUCUGACAACAAACAAAUCAAAAUCAUUGCAUUCAAGUAUCAAAUGGUUACAAAAACCUCAGAAUAUAUUUACUUAUUUGUAUAUUUGUAGUUUGUACUGUAUGUUUGUGGUAUUUUGUGUAAUCUUAAACUUGUGAGUCAAAAGAAAACUUUCCACCAUGGUAUAAGUUUGGAGUUUUUGUAAAGGAUGAUUGUAAAUAUUUAUAGAGGAAGAGCUUUCCUUGCUUUAACAAAUGAAACACCAGUCAGAAUAGAGUAUUAUGUGAAUAUAUUUUCUUGGAAUCUGGUGUUUGAUCUCACAUCAAAAAGUAAUAUUGAAUGUGAAAUGCUGAAAAGUUCUUGAAGUCUUCAUCGCACAUCCCCUCAAACUGUACAAAGGCAAACAGACUCUGACAUCCGCUGAGCCUUCUGUUGAUAAGGUGCGUCGGCUUUAAUGUCUCACUAUAAGCCUUACUGUUUUGUUUUAAUUAUGUUGUGAAGAAUAUCGAGCAGCUAUGUAGAAAGUGUGAAAAAAAAAUUUGACAUCACCCCGACCAUUCCAGACAAUGUAAAGUAGUUUUUUUUCUCUGUCAUCAUUUGAUGUUGCCCUGUAAAAAUACAAAUAAUAAAAAAGUAAACCGUUAAAGCACUAUUACAAUGUUAAAAUUUAGAGCAGGUUUCUCUAACUUCUGUCUUGGUGUCUUGUGGGGAGAGUUGGAGGGAUAAAUGUGUCUUUUAUUGGUUAAUAUUUGUUGACGUCCCACUAGAGAAUGUUCCCAACGCAGUACUACUUUUAACAUAGAUGCCUACAUUUUGAAAUGUUCAUGAUCAAAAGUAUGUUUUCUCAUCUUUUAUAGAUUAAAUCCAAGUUUUUAACAACUCAUACUGCAAUUUUAGAUUAUCAUCUAAAUUUCAUCCAGCUUCCAAAGGAAAGACACUACAGGGAUGCAAACCCCAACAAGGCAAAAUACACAUAAGCACUGCCACAUCUUUAAUCAAAUAAAGACACUUUGCUUUUUUAUUUAAUUUUUUUUUACUGAUGUUGAAAACUAACAUGCCAUUUGCCUUCCCAUGUUAGGCAAUACUGAAGAUAAUAAAAUCAUUUUCCACAAAUGUU